AUGCGCACAUCGUCGCGUUUUAUCCAAGUGGAAACAACAUUGAUAAUUGAGAAACUAUUAGUAGUAUAUACUGUUUUUGUUCAAUCUUUUGGAGUCUAUUACCAUGGUCAAGUGAAAAAACAAACCGCUUAUUUACAGUAUCAUGUGAUGAAAUGCCAACAACAAAAUACUGGCACGUUAAAAGUUAAUAAUAAUAAUAAUAAUAAUAAUAAUUAUAAUACGAAUGAUAAUGAACAAAUAUGGAUAUUGCGUGAACCAUAUAAAACAAUGUCAAAAUGUAAAGCAGCUCUUGUCGAUCGUUUUAAUAUUACACGUUCAUUAGAAAGUUUGACAAAUCGUCGUGGAUUAUUGUUAUCAGCAAAAUCGUGUACACUUCCAGAUACGGAUAAUUUAUUAUUACAGGUUAUGACAAGUUAG